AUCCUUAAUUCUUGCAGACCUUCGAGACCAAUUUUACUGAAUGUUUAUUUAAUUACAAUACGCUGACUCUUUUUUGAAUCAUUACCGUAUUUUAUACAUAUUGUUGCUUUUCUCAAUCCUCACUAUAAACCGAACUAGUUCGAGGACACUGCGGUAAGACCAUGUGUACACUAUUUAAGCGAAACCUGUAGGAUUUUUCGAAAAGAUUUAUCUGUGGACAGUACCAUGUCAGGUACAGAGCAGAAUAUAGUGAACUCUAUGCAACAAUUGUCUGUGCAACCCAGCAUCAGUGGUCAUACUGAUAAACCUACUCAAGUGGUCACUCCAGCUGUUAAUAGGAGUCAAGCUACUGCUACUGUAAAGGUGACACCUGUGAAGACAAGCACAGUGUCCCCAGCUAUCGCUACUAUAGACCGUUUACUAAGCCUCGGUGCUAAUAUACCUCCACCUCCUCCUGUUAUCACCCGGUCAUCAGAUAUGGAUCCACAUACAAUUGAACAGCUACGAACAGUGAAAGAGUUAUUAACCACUCAAGAAGAGGAGGCACAAAGUUUGAGAGAUCUUAAUCAUGAUUUAAGGGACCGCCUUGAAGAAUGUGAAACCAAAAUCAAGAAGUUAUCAGAACAAAAUGAAGAAUAUGCAGAAAAAGAAAAGACUCUUUCACAGAGAGUGGCUGAAAAGGUAAGAAAUAACAAGCAAAUGAGUGUAGUUAUGGAAGAAUACGAAAGAACCAUCUCAUCUUUAAUAGGUGAGCGUGAAGCAGAGUCAAAAAGAUGGAUUGAAGAAAGAACUGUCCUGGUUCGUGAAAGAGAUGAGGCAGCAGCCCAUUUAGCAUCAAUGGAACAUGCAUUUAAUGAUGUUCAUACAAAAUAUGAAAGAUGCAAAGUUAUCAUUCAAGGAUAUAAGAGCAAUGAAGAAACUUUAAAACAUACUGUUGAAGAAAAUAAUGAUGCUAUACAAAAGUUGGAGGCUAGGUACGAAACUCUAAGACAACAUGCUAUGCAACAACUUAACAAAGCUAACGCUGAGUUGGACUCUGUGAAAAAAUCUCACCAGGCUGAGAUUCUAAAAUUGAAUGCUAUGUUGAAAAAAAGUGAAGUGCAUGCAUCUUCGCUACAGGAAUCUUUAGCACAGAAAAUAAAAGAUAAUGAGGAACUCACAGCUAUUUGUGACGAAUUAAUUAACAAGGUUGGUUAAGUAUGUAUUACAUCUGUAUAAUAAUCAUUUUAUAAUUUGUAUCUGUGAGUAAAUAAGGUGAUCGCCCCUAAAUUCAGCUGUAUAGGCUAAUGUUAUAUUAAUCUAAAAGUAUUGUAGGUUUCAUAUAGACUACAGUACUAUAAUUUUAAGGUUAAUAAUACCUAAAAUUAUAUUUUUAUCUUAUAUCAAUAUAAUACCACUUUGAUGCUUAUAUAACUUUGUAACUACUUCAAAAUUAUAUUCUGCAUAAUUUAAUUUCAACUUACUUAUACAUUAUUUAAUUUGCACCUAAAACUACUCUCUGCUUCAAUAUCUCUAAAUCAAUGAUUUAAAAAAUAAUCCUUGUAAUCACAUUGUGUAACAUACAGAAAAAAAAGUUUAAUUGUGAAUCUUUUCUCUCUGAGUGCAGUUUAGAGUUACAGUGAAAUUAAAUUAAUAGAUGAUUUUGACAGUUUUCAAAAGGAUUAUUAGAC